CGUGCCAGCACAGCCAUCACAGCUUGCGAGAACGUCGGACAGUACGGUUUUGUUUGGUGCGGAGAUCUGAGCUCCUGUGGAUCCGUCCUUUGUGGAUACUGUGUCCCAUUGGUUUGGUGUGUGCCCCAUCUGGUUGUGUAACAACUUUAGAGCACGCGAAUCUGGUUGCGAAUCUUAUUCGGUGCCAACGGUCCACGUGAGCUUCAGGCAAAACCUGUACAGUUUUCCCGUGUAUCGAACCCUGUUUUCCCUGUCGUCAGAAGGUUGUGAUAGUGGGUGUGUCGGUGUGUUUGUGCGUUGAACAAUUGUUACAUAAUCGUUGAGAUAACCCAUUUAAACGCCAACAGUAAAUUCGAGAGAAUACACAAAAACCACAGUUCAUCACGCAAAACACUUUCCAGUAAAGUAGCAACACAUCCCAAAAGACCCAGAAAACAACAGACAGGAAAAUGACGUCGAUAAACGUGGAAAAGUACAAACUGUCCGACAAAACGGCAAAGCUCACAGCCAAAGACAUCAUCCCGGUGGUGCAGUCGUCCGAUUCGGCGGAGACGCGCGAGUUCCUGAACAAAAUCGCCGAGCUGCUGGUCGACUACGUCAACAUACAGAACGACCGGAAGGAGAAGAUCCUUGACUUCCACCAUCCGGAGGACAUGAAGAAGCUGCUCACGCUGGACAUCCCCGAGGACGCGGUCACACUGCAACAGCUGGUGAAGGACUGUGCCAUGACGCUCAAGUACCAGGUCAAGACAGGACAUCCCCAUUUCUUCAAUCAGCUGUCGUGCGGUCUGGACGUGGUGUCGAUGGCGGGCGAGUGGCUGACGGCAACUGCCAACACCAACAUGUUCACGUACGAAAUUGCCCCAGUGUUCAUCCUGAUGGAGAACGUCGUGCUGUCGAAGAUGCGCAAGAUCAUUGGCUGGGACGGUGGUGAUUCGAUCCUGGCGCCCGGUGGCUCCAUCUCGAACCUGUACGCGUUUCUGGCCGCCCGGCACAAGAUGUUCCCGAACUACAAGGAGCAUGGGGCACGUGCCCUGCCCGGUGAGUUGGUCAUGUUCACGUCGGACCAAUGCCAUUACUCGGUCAAGUCAUGUGCGGCCGUGUGUGGGCUCGGCACGGACAACUGCGUGAUGGUACCGUCGGACGAGCACGGCCGGCUGAUUCCGGCCGAGCUGGAGCGGCUGAUUUUGGAGCGCAAGGCACGGGGCCAGAUUCCGUUCUUCGUGAAUGCGACUGCCGGUACUACCGUGCUCGGUGCGUUCGAUCCAAUUAACGCGGUGGCCGACAUUUGCGAGAAGUACAACUGCUGGUUCCACGUUGAUGCCGCUUGGGGUGGUGGUUUGCUGCUAUCGAAAAAGUACCGCCAUCCACGCUUUACCGGCAUCGAAAGAUGCGACUCGAUCACAUGGAACCCGCACAAGCUGAUGGGUGCGCUGCUGCAGUGUUCAACGAUUCACUUCAAGGAGGAUGGUCUCCUGAUUAGCUGCAACCAGAUGUCCGCCGAGUACCUGUUCAUGACGGACAAGCUGUACGACAUCAGCUACGACACCGGCGACAAGGUGAUCCAGUGCGGCCGGCACAACGACAUCUUCAAGCUGUGGCUGCAGUGGCGCUCCAAGGGUACGGAAGGGUUCGGCAAGCACAUGGACCACCUGAUGGAGCUGGCCGAGUACGAGGUGAAGCGCAUCAAGCAGCAGUCGGACAAGUUCUACCUGAUCAUGGAGCCGGAGUGCGUGAACGUUUCCUUCUGGUACAUCCCGAAGCGCCUGCGCGGUGUACCGCACGACGCGAAGAAGGAGCAGGAGCUGGCCAAGAUCUGCCCGAUCAUCAAGUCGCGCAUGAUGAUGUCCGGCACGCUGAUGGUCGGCUACCAGCCGGACGACCGUCGUCCGAACUUUUUCCGCUCAAUCAUUUCCUCGAUUGCCGUCACGGAGGCGGACGUUGAUUUCAUGCUGAACGAGAUCGACCGUCUCGGGCAGGAUCUGUAAGCUGCCGGCGAGGUCGGCGAUGGGUGUUGUAUGUGUGGAAGUACGUGCCAAAAAAGCAUUUAAAAGUGCACAGACACACACAUUUUAAAACUAAUCGAAUCCAACCAAUGAGUAUCAGUUGUGAAGACAUAUCAAUAUCUUCAACCAAGUUCUAGUGUUGUGUGGCCACAUCUCCAGACGCCACACGCAAAGGACAAACUGGCGAGCCAAAACAUAAGCACACACAAACAAAACUGGCUUUAUUUAUCAUAACGAAAUCUGUGAGUGUGGUUUUUAAAUCGCAAAAACCGUUAUUUAAGAUGUAAUGCUAGUUUAGAUGAACCACCCCCCUCCCCCCUCUGCGUAGGGAAGAGAUUUAUUUCUGUUAGCUGCAUAUUAUGUCAAAGACAUAUCACUUUGUUCAGAACCCUUGUUAAACGGAUGCAUUUAAAUCUUCCAAAAAAAAAAAAGAAACGGUUAGUCGGUUCCGUUACCUACUUACCUCUAAUAUGGGUUUGUUUUUAGUGAAAUUUUAUUAAGAUUUCCCAUUUGAAAAAGCCACUCAAACUAUUUACCGGAAUCUUGACUGUUGAAACUCCUCCCCCUGCCUGUGGGAAGCCCAAGAGACGUGGGGAGAUAAAAAAGAAAUAUAUAUACACAAAAAAACUACAAAAAAGCAAAGCAAAAACAUGACGAUACAAACGCUAGAGAGAUAUAUAUACAUAUGUACACAACCCUCCCCACUCUAUAUAUAUGUAUACUUAUACACGGAAUUUACGACAACCUUCAAUCACAACAUCACAGAACUCAGCCACGUGUUUUGGCGUUUUGGAACGCGUGGGGAAAUGCAGCCAGUCUUUGCGCGGACGCAGUUCCACCAAAUCGGUUGCAUCGAUAGCGUUCCAUUAAUUUGGUUUUUCUCAAAUUGCCUCAUCAAACCCCAAACACCCAAAGUUACUUGUUGACUACUACCACAAUGUCUCACGCAAAUUUGUCUCGCGGUGUUGCUCGACGUACUCGAGAUAGUUGAAUGUGCGCGAUGUAGAUGCAAAAGAACGAACAGAACCAUAAAGCUAUCACCACUACCACGUUGCAUUUUCGACCGUCUAUAACCGUAAAAACGAAACCGAAGGCAUUUACGAAACCACACUACAAUAGUCCAAAGUCAAGCAAAGUUAGUGACAAAUUACGUUAUUUACAAUUGAGUAAGCAUAUCUCACUUAUCAUGCCCUUUUUUUUGGGGUUGCCCCUUAAGGUGAACCUUUUACACCGGACAUUGUGUUGCAGCAAAAAAAAGAAGCGAUUGUUGUACGACCGGGUAUAAAGAUAUAUGUAAAUAUUAGGCUUUUAGGUAUGUUGAACGCUUCAUGUCUCCUACCGUGUGGGCAGGAAAGCAAAGGAGGGAGAUAAAAACCAUUGGUUAGGUAUGUGGCAAGAUAAAAACGACAAGCGAAUGAAAGAGAAAAAACGGAAAAGAAAACAAACCCUGUGACUGAGAAUGUUAUCGCUACGCGAAUAUAUAUAUACUGUUGAGAGCUGUGCUGUGCUGUGUGUGUGUAUCCUGUAGUAGCGCGAUCGUCGUCCAGCUCCUUCAUCGCCCAUUGUGAUAAGAAAGAUGUAGACUAAUCUUGCAAAUGCGAUGGGCGAUCAAAGAGUUAGUCCACACGAGGCGCGCGUGUGUGUGAAUGUGUAGCAAAAAAGUGUUAUAAAUUGUAUGGUGACCGGAAGUUUCGCGGUAAGGGACUGAAACGCAUUCGUUUAAGUUGCUCGUAUUAGCCGUCUUCUGUUACUGUUCCGUGUUUUAGUAAUUCCGUUACAGCAGUCUGUUGUUACGUUCGUAGUUUUGAUGCCACAAACCACAAAUCACAGCGUGUAGAGCUAACGAGAAUAGCAGGAGAAUGUGUGGUGAGUUGUAAGUUAGUUAUGCUGUAAUGAGUAGAGAUCCCGCGACGACACCGGUCGACAAAGUCGACAUAGCAACCGGCGCACCGGAACGCAGGGUUGAAGGGGUAUCCGCUGUUUUAGUAGCGAAUUUUACUUUUAAGUGAAGUGAGUGUAGGACGAAUGUAACAAACACACACACACACAAACGAAACGACAAAAUCACAAAGUCUUCCUUCAAAUGAAAUGUUAAUUAAUAGAACGAUUCGCGCUCACUCUCAGAUACACGCUCGUUUGCCGACGAUGGGAUAUGAUCGGUGUGGGAUGAACCUCUAAACUUAAGAGAGAAGGAAGAAGAGAGAAGGAAGAAGAGAUAACGAGAGAGAGAUAAAGAGAGAGAGAGAGUAAUAGAGAUGGUAAAAGAGAUCUCCCUACCCAUUCCAUCGUCACCUUCUGUAUAUUUCAUCUCGAAAGUGAUGUGAAUCGUUUAUGUAAUUGUAAUGUGAACGCAAAAUUAGCCAAAAUGCGCUCCCCCCAAAAACACAGACAAAAAAAACUAUAUAUAUGUAUACACGAUGCAUUAACACAUGGGGGAGAGAGCAUGUUUAAAACCGCCGUAGUCGAAACAGCAGUUAAAAACAAUUACACACGUACAUGUACAAUAUAGGUUUGGCUUCAGUUGCUUCACCACUGCAUCUGCAUCCGAGUGAGAUGCAUCUAAUAUUCUGCGCAAAAAAGAAGAAGAAGAAGAAGAAGAAGAAAAAAGCAGCACCACUACGUACGUUUGCCUAACGUUAUCUUCUUCCAUUUAUCCCUUCCCACUGUCCCGCCCCACUUUUUGCUUGUCGAGCCAAAAAUUCCAAUGCAAUAGGCGAUGCGAUUGUGCAAUGUGUUAAGGUAACAAGAAAAGAAGAAGAAAAACAAAUCGAUAACAAAAAACCAUACAACUAAACAGCGAAAAUCAAUUAUAAUCCCGACAAAGCAAACGCACAGCAGAACAGGACAACCCGUGUGGCGUUGAAAGUAACAAACGAAACUACAUAAAUACAUACACACAAGCAGAAUAUGCAAAACAUGCAAAAAAAAAACACAUUAAACGAAUCUCUCCUUUAUCCCCAUA